AGACUUCGUACUGCGCGCAGAGCCGAGCCAGUGCACAGCACAGUUCACAGAAAGCGCAAAGAAAGGGGCAGCCAGAGGACGAGGGUGACAUUAACGAGCGAUGCCAGCAGCGGACAAAAAAUCCUCCCUUUGAUUAUCGCCCAAUCGUGCUCAUCGACGCCUUCUGCGUCGUGCGCUCUUUUGGGCUCGAUCGAUCCGGGGCAGCAGCCGAGCUGACAAAGGGAAGGAAGGAAGGAAGGAAGGGAGGGAGGGUUUGGACCUCAGGGGCAAAGAGGACGAGCACGAGGAUCCCGCAGAAGGGGAAGGGAAAGGAAGGGACUGGAGUGAGAAGUCCACAGGCGGAGAGAUCGAGGUUGGCUGCUGUCUGGCUGCCUCAGUUUGGACUCAGUGCUGGGUGUUGGAUUUUGAGUUUUUGACAGAUUGGGGUUUGGACAGGAUUGGAGAUCGGAGAAUUAGACGGGAGGGGUUUAGGAAAGGGUCAGGUGGCGGUUUCAGGACGAUCUGCUGAUACGAGGGGAGGGAGAGUGAUGGUGAUCGCGGACAGCUUGAAGAGGAGGUGAGAGGAGCAGGAGCAGGAGGACGAGGAGUGGGGAGAAGAGGCGGAGACAGAUGUUGUGGAUCAGGCAGGGGAGGGGUGGCGGAGUAGAAAGCUUCCGAGCUGUCAGGGAAAUGAUUUGGGGCAGCUGAUGCACCUGCAUGUCAGUUGAGUGCCUCGGUCUCCUUUUGUGGAUCAGGUCCUAAGGUGAAAAUUUUGAUGCCAGAUCAACUUGAACCCCUGCCGUACCCGGAAUUAGAGGUGUGGCGGAGGUGGUAAACUCAGGAAGAAGAGGAGCCCAAUUUCAAGGGGAAAGUUGUACUCGACUCGUUAGUUCUCGGGAUUUCCUGAUUAUCUGCGUAGUUUUCUUAUCCAGGUGGGCAAAUCCGAGACCACGGUGUUUUAGGUCAACCGCUGGCCCAAGGCAAGCCGUGGAAUUGAAAUGAAAGCCCGGGCCGGUUGGUGAUAGUUUACCGACAGUUUGAGCUUUUUGUGACGAUCGGUUAGCCACGAUGCAGUCCAGCGUGAGGGCAGUAGAAGCCUACAGGCGGAGUCGCUUGAUAGAUAAUGUGACCACCGAUGAGGAUAAGGUAUCUCCCGUUUAUCGACUCGAGGAGAUCUGCACUUUUUUGCGGAACUCACCUCUGGAUAUCGUGCGGGAGAUGCUUGAAUAUACUCUUAAGAGACUGGAGCACAAGAGCCCCAUUGUGAAGCAAAAGACAUUGAGAUUUAUCAAGUAUGCAUCGGGGAAAGCUGGACCGGAAUUCAAACGAGAAAUGCAGCGCCAAGCUGCGAUUGUGCGGCAGCUGUUUCAUUACAAAGGUCAGUUGGACGCUUUGAAAGGCGAUGCUCUGAAUAAAGCUGUACGAGAGACAGCUCACGAAGCUGUCGCUGCGAUUUUUGGUCAGGAAGAGAAAACGACAACCAUGGAAGAUGUAGGAAAGCGCAUUCAGGGUUUCGGAAGUACGAAUUUCGACAUGCCUAGAGAAGAAGAGAAGAAAUCUGUUUUAAGUGGCCUCGUCGGGUUUGGAAGCAACUCCAUCAGACAAAGUAUUGACAUGAUAAAUAACUAUAAUCAUUAUUCCGGUUCGAGUUCUGGAAGUGGUAAAAAUUUAGGAAGCUACCGUGGGGGUCAAAGUCUUCGGAGAUCACUAACGUCCGAGCGCGAGAGGCCAUUUGAAAAGGAGGAAAUUGCACAUUGGGAUUCUAGAGAUGCUGAAGCUGACGAGAGCAGAUCAGGUUCUUCACCGAAUAACAACAAAUCACACUCGAAAUAUGGAGGUGGCAGAGGUAGUGACGGAAGAGGAGGACAUACAUCAGAGGAUCGACUGCUCGACAGCUUAACAGCUCCUGGCGGUGUUAGACUGCAGCCUACACGGGAAACACUUCAAACUUUCACAGUCACAGCUCAAAAGCUGGAUGCUGCGAAUUUGGUUCAUUCUAUCGAGACUAAAUUGAAAGCUCACUCAUGGCAGGUCCGCUUCAAAGCUCUCUGUCUUUUAGAAGCUUCAGUAAGGAGCAGAGAAGAUAACAGAGUGCUUGAUUCAGUGGUCGCAAUGUUUGAGGAGGAUGCAAGUGCCAUUGUUGAUAGUCUACAGUCACCACAGACCUCCUUGAGAGACAAGGCGAAGAAGGUGAUGGAGAUGCUUGGAGGUGGGCUCAAUGAUGGGAUCACCGAGGACAACACAGAAUCAGUCAAGUCACCAGCAAUAUUGAAGCCACCUCCCGUAAACUACCCAGACUUAAUCGACACAACAGAUUUUGACUUGCUUGACGAUACAGAAAGCGUGCAAAGUACACCGAAAUCUCCAAACAUGGAGCAACCAGUGAAGAAUGUUGCUGCUACCGUUGUCCAGCAGGACCUCUUAGAUGGAACUGACUGGAUGAAUGACCCUCCUGCAAAAGCCUCUGCUAAUACAUCUGAAGCUGAUCCAUUUGCUGGCAUGUCAUUUCACGAUUCUGACACUGCAGUUGGGAAUGGUGGCGACGGUGAUCUUUUCUCAGGCCUCGAUGUGGAUAGUGGGAAUCGAGUUGGAAAUGGUGCUGUUGAAGGUUUAGGGAUGAAUGACAGCACCAGUUUAUUUGACGGUCUAUCUGUCACCAGUUCCAAAGAGGCUGCAGGUGCGCAAGACGAUUUAUUCCAGCUCAUGGGGAACCUUUCGGUUGGCAAUUCAACGAACAAUCAUGUUAGUGAACAAUUGCAAAACUUAACGCCCUCCAAUCCUAUGCAACAAUCUAUGCCAAGUGCUAUGGGUGGUCCACCGAACUCUUUCCAAACCCCGAUGCCAGGCAACAUUGGAGUUCCAGGUCAGGUCCAGGUUUUACCUGGUAUGCAGCCACAUAUGAUGUUCAUGCAGCCUCCCGGCAUGGUGCCCAUGGGGAUGCCUGGACUUUUUCCUCCUAAUAUGCUUCUACAGCAAGCGUUGGCCUCGGGAAAUAUGAAUUUUGCCUUAGCUGGCGCAUUCGGGCAGCAGUUUGCAGGUGGUAUCCCUGGAAUGCCAAUGUUCGCAGGAAUUCCUCAAACAAACAACGUCAGUGGCGGAAUUCCAAGUCAGAACUACCGCGAUGGUUUUGAUUUCUCUAGUGAUGCAACAGCAAGGUACUCGGUUCCGGAGACGCCAAAAGAAGACACGAAGGCGUUUGAUUUCAUAUCUGAUCACAUGUCUAAUGUGUUGGGUCCCAAAAAGAGCAAGUGAACUACUUGGCGGAUUCUCCUGUGCUUCGUAGCAUGAAGAAAAUAUCUUCAAUGCUGAUGGGCUUCAAAGUACCUAUUAGUUAGUGAAGACACAAGUCAAGGUUGUUGGAACCUUCUGCUGUUUGUUAGUUGAGACGGACAGCUCCGCGUUGAUGUAGAUCUGACAACAAGAUCCUCUCACGAAUUUGUAAAAUUAGCAGCAAGUUCAAUAUUGUUGAGCCAUUUGCCAUGUAAAUCUUUGAACGUGUGAUUCUGCGGUUAGAACUAGAGACCCAUGAUAACGAGAAUGUGUCGGGCAGUAUUCUUUGCCUUUUUUAUUAGUGUACUGAAAGUGUGGCAUAUAAUUGGAUCAAACAUCCUCAUUUCUUUCAUUCUAUCUCGACACCGUUUACAUACCCAAAUUGGUUUCUCUCGUACUGGUUUGCAGUUGUGUACUGCUUUGUUUUGUGUGGCAUGGACGAACAAGUCCUCGAUGCAACUCGGAUGUACUUGAGCGUGGUACAAGCUCUUCUUCCACGAUGACCUGUUAAAGGACCCCAGGCUGCCCACUGUAGUUCGCUGUACUUCGGACAGGUGUAAGGAGGUGAUACAACCAGUUUCGAUAUAACCCACAGUUCUCGCUCUACUUGCAGUCUACCUAGGAAACCAAGUCUUCAUGAUCGUCUAUGGGGAUGUCCGGAUCAUUAGGGUCUGAGACGUGUCAUGACAGCAUGUCAACU